AUGGAAGAUCACAUUAUUAACGAAAACUUAACCAAUGGGAGUAUAAAUACGCCUGGUUCGGUACCUGUCGCCCAUCCCAUAAAUAACGAAGAGAAUAAAGAUGAAAUUAUUCCAGAAACUGCAACCUGUCGUAUAUGUAGAGGUGAUGCAACACCAGAUAAUCCAUUAUUUCAUCCAUGCAGAUGUAAAGGUUCUAUCAAAUAUCUACAUGAACCAUGUCUAUUAGAAUGGAUCAAUGCAAGACAUAUAGAUAUUAAUAAAUUAGGUACCUCUGUAGAAUGUGAUAUUUGCCAUUAUCCAUUUCAAUUCAAAACUACAUAUGAUGAAGAUAUGCCCGAAAAGAUACCUUUAUCAUUAGUAAUUGUUAAUAGUUUUUCUGAUGUACUUAAAACAUUUCAUUACCACUUCACUUUAUUAGCGUUUAUUAUCAUGAUUGGUUUGGGAUUCCCAUUGGUUUGGAAUUUUUUUGGUAAAUUGUACACGUUUAUAAUGGAUGGUAAAAUGCCAUAUGAGGGGAAUUUCAUGAAGAGCAUAAUAUUUGGUUAUGAAGAGAAUGUGCCAGAUGAUUAUACAUAUACUUCAGUUCUUACAGCACUAUUAUACAAUCAUAUUUUUUCAUUGUGGCAAAUUAUAUUUACUGUUAUCUUACACUUAGCUAUAUAUUUCCAAUAUGAUAUGAUUGUGAGAGAGGAUAUAUUUAACAAGAUGAUAUUCCAUAAGAUCGGCCCAAAUCUUUCAAUUGAUGCUCUGAAGGCUCGUUUAAGAGAAAGAUUCCCAAUGAUUGAUGAUGAUACUUUGGAACAUGUGGCAAGAAUUGUCUCGCAGAGAGAAAUUAGAGAGAAUGAAGCAAGAAAUCUUCAAAAUAUGGAACUUGAUGAUAAUGUCGAUGUAAUAGCAGAAGAACAAGAAGAGCAGGUUGAAGAAAACACUGACGAUGAAAGUGAUGCUGAUUUUGUGCCAAGCGAUAAUGAUACCCAGAGUGAUUCUGAUUUAUCUGUUGAUGAUAGAGUAAUUGAUGAGGAUGAACUAAUGAGACAAGAAGUUGAAAGAGGUGUUGAAGGCGAUAAUUUUCAACUAGAACAUCCAAUUGAUAACAUGGUUAAUCUACAAGCACAGAGACAAUUCGACGAUAUUUUGGACCGUCAUAGAAACCUUAGAGCACAUAAUAUUCCUGUGCUUCAACCUGAGGAUCAAGAACCAGUGGUACCACAAGAGGAUCCUGUCAUCAACCCGUUUGAGAAUGGAGAUUUUGGUCUGGCUGACAACGAAAAUGAAGAAGGACGUCAACUGGGUCCACUUUGGAUUAACUUACAGAUUAAGUCAAGUAACAUAUUUCUUUACUUUGGGCUAUGUGUGGGUUUUGUUUGUUUUUAUAUGCUGGUAGCCUAUGGAAUUCCAACCACCGUAGGAUAUAUUUUAAUUAGAAUUUACAAUGUUAUUUUACAAUUGGCUUAUAAUUCGAUUUGGUAUUUGAUUCAUUAUUGUAAAUUUAACAGAGGAUACAGACUUAUUUUAAAUAAUGUCCCGGGUUUAACCUACAGCGUGGAUUUUAUCUCCAAGCGUUUGGUACUACCAGCGUUUAACUUCCUUUCUACGUAUUACCUAACAACAUCCAAAAAUUCGACAUACAUGAGAGCCAUACCAUCAGUUGUUACUUUCAUGACAACAGUAGUCAUUAUUUGUGUGUCUUCAGAAAUAUUAGGUAAAGGAUACUCUCGUUACAAUAGCAUGAACGACAAGAACAGAAGAUUUGCAUUCCAAUUAUUAUUUGCAUUGAGAUGCACUUUUAAAGUAUUUGUUAUCUUCUUCAUUGAGCUAGCUGGGUUUCCUAUUCUUGCUGGUGCCAUGUUAGACUUUUCAUUGGCCUGUCCUAUUUUAGGUAAAGCCACUGAUUGGCUAUUUUUCCCAAGCACUUGUUUCUUCAAUUUUCAGAUAUUAUUGGAGUACUGGUUAAUAGGUACCUUAUACAUGUACUGGUUUGCCAAAUAUAUUGGCAUGAUUAGGAAAGAUAUUAUAAGACCUGGGGUUUUAUUUUUUAUUCGUUCGCCUGAGGAUCCAAAUACUAAGAUAUUACAAGAUAGUCUAAUUCAUCCAAUGAGAUCCCAGUUAUCCAGAUUAUUUUUAUCGAUGUUCAUUUAUGCUGUGUUUAUCAUUCUAGGGUUUGGUUUAAAUACUAAGGUAUUGUUUCCAAUAAUCUUGAAAUCUCAAAUUUUGAAAACACCAGAUGACUUCCUAGAUGGUUAUGUGUUUAACAAAAUUACACUGAUAAUCAUUUUUUAUUUCACCAAAAAAAUAAUUGAAGCUAAUCCAAAUGUUAACAUCCUUGUGAAAAAUUACUGGUCUAAAAUUUUUGAAGUAUCCUCCAGAAAGUUGCGUCUUUCAUCUUUUAUCUUGGGUACGGACUAUGCUUCUGAAAGAGGUCAUAUUGUUUACCGUAAUAUUUUUUACAAAUUAUUUUCGUCCAAAAAGGCACAAUGGUCUAAUGCAGAUCUAUAUACUAGUCCAAAGACUCCCUCAGUAGCCUUAAAGCUUUUCAAAGAAGAUCAAUCUAUUCAUGCGUAUUUUGUUCCCGAUGGGUUAUUGAUGCGUGUUCCUUCAUCUGAUAUUGUUUCUAGGAAUUAUGUUCAAACAAUGUUUGUUUCGGUUACAAAAAGUGACAAAUUAUUGAAACCGCUUGAUUUAAAGAGGUUAAAGGAGCGUAAUUUGAAAAAUGCGGGUGAGUUCGGCUAUUUAGAACAACAGAACACUGAUUUUGAUGAAUAUUUUAUUUGUUACGUACCGCCUAACUUUACAGCAAGGUAUACAGGUCUGUUGGUUCUUAUGUGGUUUUUUGCCUCAGUUCUGAUUAUAAGCACUGCUAUUGUCUCACAGUACCUUUUCAAUUCUUUGACUCUAAUUCUAUUCCUACUGCCAUCGAAAUUAUUAGGUUUUGAUUCAUCUUAUACCUCGUUGUUGAAAAUUGUACUUGUUAGCUAUAAACAAGCUAAUGUUCAUUAUGUCUGUUUGGGUGCUAUUAUCAUGUCAUUCAUAUUAGAUUACUAUAAGAAACAUCAUUUAUCUAAGUAUUUUUUCGAGCAUAGGACUGCAGAAGAGAAUGCCAAUGAAUUACAAGAAAAUCAGGAUAAUGCAGCUGAACGAGACUUUGGUAUUCGUCCAGAACUAGAAGAGUUGAUUGUUGAUAAUUUCAUAUCAAAAUAUGUUAUUGGACCUCAGUUAUUAUGCGCUUAUGGUGUGAUUGAGUAUCUACUUUUAGGAUUUGGAUAUAGUAUUGUGAUUCAUAUUUGUAUCGCAUAUAUUGAAUUCCUCGUGACAGGAGAACCUAUGGUUGUGGAUGCGGAUCGUAUACAAAAAGCUAUUCAUUCAAAAUUGUAUAUUUUUAUUGUUUUCUGCUUUUUCCGCCCAAUAAUAAUUAGAUCCACUGCUAUUGGUAAUGGUAUAAGGACAAAUGGAAAUAGAGGUUUUAUUGUUUCCUGUAGGGAGCAAUGGAAUGCUAUUGUUAAACCUCAAUUAAAGUUUGUUGUGCGUUGCUAUAUUAUCUUCUUCUCGAUUAUAUUAUUUACUUCAAUUUUUGAAUACACUUUGGAUACGGAUCAUUACAGUUCAUUUAUGAAUGCCUUGAAAUUUAUUAUUCUCGGUAGAUUAAGAUCUAUGAAUUCUAAUGUACCAUGGACAUUUCCGCAACAUUUGACCUUCAUUUUAACAAUUGCUUUCAUAUUCUCGCAUGGAGCAUUUGAAUUAUAUGGGUCGAUAAAUAAAUGGUUCAAGUUGUUCACGCAAAAUGUGAAAGACGAAGUUUAUGCUAAUGGGAGAUCAUUAGAAAAUUAUGGAACAGAUACAGUACAAUAA